AUGUUGACAAGUUUAUCAAUUGAUCAUACAUUAUUAAAACCAGAUGCAACAUUAAAACAAAUUGAUCAAUUAUGUACCGAAGCAAUUGAAUGUAAAUUUGCUACAGUGUGUAUUCAACCAUGUCAUGUUAAAUAUGUUGUUGAUAAAUAUUCAGUACGUGUUUGUACUGUUAUUGGUUUUCCACUUGGUACAACAACAACUGAAACAAAAUUAUUUGAAUGUCAACAAGCAUUAAAUGAUGGUGCACAAGAUAUUGAUAUGGUUAUUAAUAUUGGUAAAGUUAAAGAUGAAAAUUUUGAAUAUGUACAAAAUGAAAUCGAACAAUUAGCAAAAUUAGUACAUUCAUCUGGUGAAAAUAAUAUUCUUAAAGUUAUUAUUGAAACAUGUUUAUUAAAUGAUAAUGAAAAACAAAAAUUAUGUCAAAUUGUUGGUAAUGCUGGAGCAGAUUUUAUAAAAACUUCAACAGGUUUUUCAACAGGUGGUGCAACAUUAAAUGAUAUUAAAUUAUUACGACAAUAUUCACCAAAAAAUGUACAAGUUAAAGCAUCGGGUGGUAUACGUGAUAGUAAUUUUGCAAAAGAAUUAAUUCAAGCUGGUGCUACACGUCUUGGCACAUCAUCUGGUGUCGCCUUGAUGAAAGAUAUUCCAUCUACAUCUAAUUAUUAUUACGGUGAUAAUGGAACAUUUUCCCCCCCUAUGGAUGUAACAAAUCAAAUUCAAAAUGGAAUUAUACAACAUACCAGUGGCAAUUCAAAUUAUUCAAGUGGAUCAGGUGGUGAUUCACCAACGUCAUUAAGCCCGGUUCCAAUGUCAUCUGGUGGACAAUUUAUGGGUAUUGGUGGUAAUUCAAAUUCAUCAACAAGUUCAACACCAACAGCAACAACAAGUGGUGGAAUGGGUUCAGCAGCAGCAGCAGCUGCUGCUGCUGCUGCAUCUCGAUAUGCUUGUGUUAUAUGUGGUGAUAAAGCAUCGGGUAAACAUUAUGGUGUUCAUAGUUGUGAAGGUUGUAAAGGAUUCUUUAAACGUACUGUACGCAAAGAUUUAACAUAUACAUGUCGAGAUAAUCGAGACUGUAUUAUUGAUAAACGACAACGUAAUCGUUGUCAAUAUUGUCGUUAUCAAAAAUGUCUUAAUGUUGGUAUGAAAAAAGAAGCUGUUCAAGAAGAACGACAAAAAUCAGGUAUGAAUGGUGAAGGUGAAUCACCAUCAUCACCUGGUACAAGUAUAGGUAGUGGUAGUACAAGUACACAUAUGGGUAUUGGUUCAUCAGGUUCCAAUAGUGAUGAUGAUAUGUUAAUUGAAAAAUUAAUUGCAGCUGAAUUAUCUGUUGAACCAAAAAUAGAAACAUUUCAUGAAGAAGAAUGUUCAUAUGAUCGUUUAUUAUCAACAACCAAUUCUCAACUUGCACAAUUAACUGAUUGGGCUAAACGUGUACCACAUUUUUCAACAUUAUCACUUGAUGAUCAAGUUGCACUUGUACGUGCAUCAUGGAAAGAUAUACUUUGUUGUUCUCUUGCAUAUAGAUCAAUUAUGGCACCAGAUUGUGGUCUAAUUUUAUCUGAUGGUUCGUAUGUUCGACCUCAUACAGCUGUUGAUCAAUCUCUUCAAUUUUUCAUCACACGUCUCUAUCAUGAUGUAGUAACAAUAAUGCGCGAAUUAAAUGUCGACAAGGUUGAGAUAACAUGUCUCAAGGCUAUUUUUCUUUUCGAUCCUGAUGCUAAAGAUGUUGUUGAUACAUGUCGUGUAUCAGAAUUACGUGAAAAAGUUUGUAUGUCAUUAGCAUCUUAUUGUAAAAAGGUACAUAGUGAUGAUGUAGCACGUUUUGCUAAAUUACUUCUUCGUAUGCCACCUAUACGUGGUUGGUGUAUAAAAGGUAUUGAAAAUUUAUUUUUUGCUGGUGCAGCACGUUCAGCUGAUUCAGAAAUAAUUCAUAUGAUUCGUAAUCGUCAACUUUAA